GGUCAACAGCAAUCGCUGCAGUUUUCUAGCUUCCUUCCUCCUCCCCACAUUACAUUACUGCUCAUCGAGCGAAACAGGAGACGAAAGAAAGAAAGAGAAAAUGAGCUGUGACUUCCUCACGCAUCACUUCUUUCUCUGGCGGGUGCCGGACUACCUGAUGAUCAUCAUUAUGGCCAUCAUCGCCGCCAUACUCGGCGCCGAGGUGCGCCCGCACUGCCGCUCCUUCGACUGGGGAGACCCGAGCAUCGGCCACCCGUUCGCCACCAAGGAAACCUUCCCGAUGUACUCCGUCGCGAUUGCUGUGGUCUUUGUGGUCCUCGUGUACUUUGUGGGGGAGUUGUGCACGAGGUGGAGCCGGCCGGUCGGGAAGCUGAGUAUGUGCCUGCACAUCAACGGCUGGGUCGUCACACACGCCUACAGCAUCCUUCUCGCCUUUGUCUUUGUGAACGUGUCGAAGGUGUACGCCGGGCGGCUGCGGCCCGACUUUCUGGCUCGACUUGCGAAGGAAGGCAUCACGGAGGCGAACGUUGCGUCGUUCUCGCACGACCAACUCUGCCGCGCCGCGCGCAACGGUCGCCUGUCGUUUCCGUCCGGCCACAGCGGUGCCUCCUUCGCGGGCUACGUCCCACCCUGCCUGUACCUCAUGGGACUUAUGCGGACGCUGAACGGCGGCAAAGUGUGGCUGGCGACGAUCGCUCUCUUUCCGCUGAUCCUCCCCGUCGCCGUCGCCGUCUCCCGCACCGUCGACUACCGCCACAACUUCGACGACAUUUUUGUCGGCAGCGUGUGCGGGACGCUGUGCGGCAUUUUUGCCGUGCUGAUCAGCUUUCGUGUCUCGAUGCGCGGCGAGUGGACGCUGCGGGACCGCCCUGACGACAAACUCGAAACGCGCGCUAUGUUGCGUGCGAUGUUGACAGACAAGAACGGACGAUCGGUGGUGAUGGUAGACGCGGGUGACAACCGCCGCCGCCGCCGCGACGCCGACAGAGUGGAGAGCAGCGAGGACGAGGCGACGGUAUCGUGCAGCACCUCGCGCAUGAAGCCAAACGCACCGCGCCAUCCGAACGCGCGUAGCGUCUCUGACCCACAACAGGAGCAGCAGCAGCAACAGCAGAGGUCGUCCGACCACGCGCAGUCGUCGCUGCUCUCGCCCGGCUCGUUGAACGGCACUGGCUACCUUUCGCCUGCUGUUUAUCACGAGCGCGCCGCGAACCCUUCUCCGUCGACCCGGCACAACGAAGCGACGUCCUCUGGCUAG